GUAUUAUCACGGAAUGCGACGCCUUUUGUUCGAGGUGAGGAUUUCCGAGAAUUGACACUAAGGCCGCGCUGACUCUUUGCGCACCUUAAUAUGGAUUAGCGAAGAUGUCGCAUGGACUGCACCUGUCGGUCCCAUGUCAGCAGAUUCGAGACCGCUCUCUAUUCCAAAGCCCGACAUUGGUGUCGGACUUCGCGUGAUCGAAAGGGCAGAGCUGCAAACAAUGUCUUCGCGGACACGCGCCAGGGACGAGCUCUUGACCGAGCCUGUCCUUGGGCAGCUGAAUUCGCACGCAGCAUUCAGGCUUAUCGCGGCGCCUUCGACAGGGCUGGAAGAGAUCGCGUUUCCCUUUCUUGUGUACGAGGCAAAGUCGGACUCGAGUUCCCUAUUUUUUGCGGAAAAUCAGUCUGCAGGUGGUGCUGCCAAGGCUUUGAGUCUUCUGCAACAACUCUCGUCCGACAACGAUGGCACAGAAUCACCCCCCGUCUUUGCCUUCGCCUCGUGCGGAACAUUGUGGGAAGCUUUCAUCGCAUUUUACCAGGAACAAAGUGAAUCGUAUCAUCUCUUGCCGAUCAGCAGAAAACUCGAUCAAACCUGUGACAUCGAUAUCUUUCAUCUUCAAGUGAUGUUGUUGCGGAUUCGCAAUUGGGUGUUAUCGGUGUACAAACCCAAAGUUGAGUUGAUGAUCAAGAAAUUACUCACAGAGUAUCGAGGACAGACAAAUUAAAGUGCGCAAAUCGGACAGAGGCCGAUAUACCUUGUCCUGAUUGUUCCCUAUGUGGACACCACCUUUUAAAGUCAAGUUAGGAGACUUCAAUCAUU